UAAAGAAGAAGAAGCAGAGGAAGACGAAGAACACGAAGAAGAAGCAGAGGAAGGAGGAUUAGCGGAUUAAUGUGACACAGAGAGACUGACAGGCAGACAGACAGACAGGCAGACAGACAGCAGCUGCGACUUACCUUCAGCUGCAUAAAGAUAAAGAUUCAUCGAAGACACGUCGCCGAUUAAAACCAAUAAAACGUCAGGACUCCCCGCGAGGACUCGCGCAGCUACACGGUUUCCUUGACAACGGGCUCACCUGUGCAUCCCAGCAGGUGACCCCCCCCCCCCCUGCUGUCAGCAUGUCGUCUGUGGAGUCGGGCGGUGACGGUGGGAAGUGGCUGGACGCUCACUACGACCCGGUGGCGGGACUGUUCACCUUCUCGUCCUGCGUGGACCUGGCGGACCUGAGCGGGGACGGGGAGAGCCGGCUGGUGGUGGGGGACAUGGGCUCCGGCUCGUCGGGCAUGAAGCUGAAGGUGUACCGGGGAACGGCGCUGAUGAGCGAGAGCACCCUGCUGGACCUGCCCGCCGGCCUCGUCGCCUUCUUCAUGGACCUGCACGAGCCGCGCAUCCCCGCCGUGGCUGUGGCGUCCGGACCCUGCAUCUACGUCUACAAAAACCUGCGGCCAUACUUCAAGUUCACGCUGCCCGGCCUGGAGGUCAACACUCUGGAGCAGGACGUGUGGCAGCAGGUGAGGGAGGGGCAGAUCGACCCUCUGACGCUGAAGGAGAUGUUGGAGAGCAUCAGGAAAAUGGCCGACGUGCCGCUGUCCGUCCGCUCGCUCAGGUUCCUGUCUCUGGACACAGACGACAUGGACGAGUUCGUGCAGCUGCACAAACAGCAGCCAAUCAGACGGCAGACCGUCAUCACCUGCAUCGGGACACUGAAGAAGAGCACGGCCGAUGAAGACGGCGUCAGCUGUCUGGUGAUCGGCACAGAGAGCAGCGAUGUCUUCGUCCUCGACCCCGAAGCUUUCAUCAUCCUCUCCAAAAUGACGCUGCCGGCUCCUCCCACCAUGAUGGACGUGACGGGUCAGUUCGACGUGGAGUUUCGCAUCACGGUGGCGUGUCGCAACGGCAACAUCUACAUCCUGCGCAGGGAGUCGGACAAACCGAAGUAUUGCAUCGAGCUGUCGUGUCACCCGGUGGGUCUGGUGAGGGUCGGGAAGAACGUGGUGGUCGGCUGCACUGACGAGAGUCUGCAGGGCUUCACACAGAAGGGGAAGAAGCUGUGGAAGGCCGUCCUCCCCGCUCCCAUCACCACCAUGGCUGCCAUGGAUCUCCCCACCAGGGGCUUCCAGGCGGUUUUGGUGGGCCUGGCUAACUGUGAGGUGCAGCUGUACCGGGACAAGAACCUGCUGAGCAGCAUCAAGACGCCCGAGGUGGUCGCCAGCAUCUGCUUUGGCCGGUACGGGCGUGAGGACGGGACCCUCAUCAUGACCACCAAGGAAGGGGGCCUGAUUGUGAACAUCCUGAAGAGAACGGCGGCCUUCGACGACCGGGACAGCGCCCCCGGGCCGCCACUGGCCCAGAGCAUCCGACUCAAUGUGCCCAAGAAGACCAAGCUAUACGUGGACCAGACGCUGAGGGAGCGCGAGAGCGGCCUGGCCAUGCACCGCGCUUUCCAGAUGGACCUGAGCCGCCUGCGUCUGGCCGCCGCCAAGGCCUACGUGAAGGCGCUCGAGUCCAGCCUGACGCCGAUGUCCUCCAGCCUCAGCGAGCCGCUCAAGAUGAACGCCGUGGUGCAGGGUCUGGGCCCUUCCUUCAAGCUGACCCUGAACGUGCAGAACACGGCGGCGUGUCGGCCCGUCAUGAACCUGGUCAUCAGCUUCCUGUACGACGAGAGCCUGUACAGGAUGAGGAACCCGUACAUGAGGAUCCCUCUGCUCGUGCCCGGACUCAUCUACCCCGUCGAGACCUUCGUUGAGUGCAACAGCGACAAGGGCAUCUCCGACAUCAUUAAGGUGUUCGUCCUGCACGAGGGGAAGAGCUCGCCGCUGCUGACCGCACACAUCAACAUGCCCGUCAGCGAGGGACUGACGCUCAACUGAAAACACACGGCGCUUCGACUUUAUUCACUACAAACCUCACGAGAACAAGGAUGUUACAAGGGACCUGAAAUGACCAAAGAGUAGAACUAUAUUUAUAAAAUCUUCUAACUAAAUGAGCUGCUGCCACAUCUACGGCUGCGUAUUCAGGCCAGUGUUGGUAAAAGAAAAUAUAAUACGGAUGGGUGAACUCAGAAUAUCUGAGAUUUAAAUUGUGAAUUUACGUCAAACUAAUUUGAAUAUUCUCUGAGAUUAUAAAGUCAUACAUUCACGCAAAAAUCAAGAUAGCGACGGCUAACACAGACGGCCAUCAAGACUACAAAAAAUGUUGUCCACUUAUAUGCAGGCUUUGGUCAAGUCUUUUAUUUUAGAGAUUUACGAAAAACUUGAAUUUUAUCUGAACUUUGUGACUUUAUCAGAUUAUAAAGUCACAAAUUUACGAGAAACAAACGGUUAAUCCAACCGAUUUUAAUUUCAGAGAAUAUUUGAGUUUUUUCUCACAAAUGUAUAUAUUAAUAAUCAGAAUACUCAAGUAUAUUUGUAAAAUAAAAUAAAAAGUCUCGUAAAUUAACCAUAUAAUAAUAUUGAGUUUUGUCUUAUUAUUAUUAUUAUUAUUAUCACCACCCCCGUUUAUUUUACCUACAAUGUUCCUCAUACGCAGUCGUAUACAAUUCAAUGUAAGUCGACAUGAAUGUUUUUAUUCCUCACAGAAAUUCUCAUUUUUGUAGAUUUGUCCAGAACAAGAAGAGGUCCACAUAUGAUGUCAGUUUUGUGUAGAUUUGUUUAAGUUUGUUGUUUAUUUUUUGAGCAGUAGUUACUCCAGAUAUUUGUGAGGUAAACUACAGAUUCAUCAACAUACUGUUUGAGCUCUCAGGGAUAAAAAUCACUGCGGACUAAAAGACCUUUUGGAUUUAUUCAUGAAUGUUUGUAUGGAAAUAAUAUAAAGGACAAACAUGUUCUAAAUAUUCUGUGUUUUUUAAAUGUAGUCUUGUAUAAAGCAAAAUAAACAAUGAAAAAAUAA